AUGUUCAACCAACUACUAGAAUUCAAGAAUACAAAACUUUUAGUUUAAGCUUUAACUAAUAAAAUUCAUGAAAUGGAAUACCUUUAGAAGACUGGAUAACCUUAUUAAUAUGGCAAUAAUGAGGACUUUACUAUAGGCGGGUAAUAGUUACUAGAGUUCUAUUUUUAUGACUAUAUGUUGCUCUAAGGGUAUUUCUAUUAAUUUUAUCUAAGGUUUCCAAAUCAAUAAAGUCAAUUUAAAAAACCAAGUGAUAUAAUUUAAUUAAGGUAGAAGCUAAUAAAUGAUAAAUACCUUUCAGAGAUAGCUAUUCUAUUAAAUAUUUAAAAUCUUUUAAAUGUUGGAAACUAAAAAUCAUUAAAGUACACAUUCUAAUUAUAAUUUUUAGAAAUAAUCCAAAAGUAUUAUCAGAUUGUAUAAAAUCAAUAAUAGGAGCACAUUACUAUGAUAAACAAAACGAUCUUGAGACUCUUAGAGAUAUUAUCCAUCCAAUUGUUGUACAAUUAUUAAAUAAGUAUCUAUAAAAUUUAUACAUAGAGGAGAAUAAAUAACAAAAACAUAAUGGAAAUAUAAUCCAAAAUCAUCCUUCUUAGAGUACUUAAAUUCAUACAAAGGGGAAUUAAACAUAAAUCCAAAAUUAACAAUAGAAUGGAAAAAAGAUGAUUCCAUUUUAAAUUAAAAUAAAUCUUUAUAUUUAAUUUCAUUAGAAUUAAAUAAUACUAUGAAAAUAUAAAAAAUUGGUGUAAACAAAAGAGAAACGGAACAAAAUGUAUAUUUAGAAGCUUUGCUCUAACUUAGAAAAUAUCAUAUAAAGAAUUACUAAAAAUAGAAUAAACUAACUAAUAAAAAAAAGGAAAUUUAAGAAAAAUAAUGUGAAUCUGAUUUGUCAACUUCUCUUGAUUCAACUAUAAAUAAUUAAGAUUUAUCAAUUUAUUGUUUUUCAGAGAAAACUUUAGAUUAAUCAAAAAUAAGCUUUGAUUAAUAAUUUAAUCAUAUAUUAGAAUAGUUGGCUAAUGAAUGA